AUGGCGCGCCAAUCUGGACAACCUGUCGAUGACCUCGAUGACCCGCUGGACCCAGCGACGCAAGAGAGCCUUCUAGAUGCGUGGCGGAAACGCUACAAUCUGGAGCUACCGGUGCACAUGGCCCCGAGUGACACGUUGUUGAGUAGAGUCUGGCGGGAGAUGCAAAGAGGCACGGUGACGGUCAUUGGCAUUGAUAAAGUGGAUUCGAAGCAGACCCCGGGCACCAAGCUGUUCAUGGCCCCACUGGGGGUCCUCCUGGAUUACUGCGAUGCAGUGCUUCGUCAUGCCACAGAUUCCAACGCUACCAUUGAGUGGUUGAAGAUUCGGGAUGAGCAGUGCAGAGCCCGAAUGGUGGAGUUGGCUAGGCAACAGUGGCCCUUGGGCGAAGCAUUCUUCAAGGCCUACCAGGAGCAAGAGCUCAUGUGGCAGCAACCUCCGUCACGAAAACGUGUGGAUCCUGAGUUGCGUGCUGCUUCGGACUCUCCCCCCUCAUCCAAGAAGGCCAAGACAGCUAAGGAGUACAGAGGUGAGGCCGCUGCUACACACGUGGGUUCAUCUAGGCUGGUUUCGCUUGGUGGCUAUGCGACACUUGAUGAAGGCGAGACGGAGCAGCAGAUGACGCGUGUGGUGCGCCAGACCGAGCAUAGGAUGUCGCAGCGCACAGGCAGUGGAGAUGACGGGUCAGUUGCAGUUGGCAUGUCGUUCAUGGCGUCGCCGCAGCCUCGUUUGGCUGCCAUAGCCAAAUCCUUGGCGAAAGCGCGGCAUGUGCAACUUGUGGCUUCAGACAAUGGGGCAACGACCAUGGGCAUGUAUAACCAGUCAGCUGCACGGGAUGUGAAGCCAAUGGGGUGUGCAUGGCCGUGCAGAUCUCAGGUGGAGGCAUUGAUACCUACAGAGUGGGUGUACUACUGUGGGGUUUCGCCACUGCCGCAGACGCAUUUGUCGCUACACGAUAAGGGUCCGAUCUUCGUGAUUUCAUUGUUCGAUGGGAUUGGAGCGGCCUUUGUAGCACUGCUAGCGCUGGGAGUCACCUUCCGGGCAAUGACAGUGGAGAUGGAUCCAGUCGCCACAGGAGUUUGUGCAGCAAGUUUUCGUAAUGUUGCGCAUUUUCCCGAUGCCAGAUCGUUCACUGCUGCAUGCCUGAGGCAAGAGUUCCAGACACAUGCAUAUGCGGCGGUUCUGGUGUUAGGAGGUUCGCCUUGUCAGGACAUCAGUCGGCUAAAUCGCAGCAGGAAAGGUUUGAGUGCACCCAGGACACAGCUGUUUGCAGAGAUCCCGCGAGUAGCUCAGGAAUGCAGAGAUUUGUUGGCAUCAUUGAACAUUCCCAUUCCGGUCUUGCAGCUGCUGGAGAAUGUGGCACAUGGCCCACCAGAGGUCAUGACAGAGUUUUGUGCGGCCAUGCAAAGCCGCUCACUCAUCGUGCAUGGGUCAUCUUUUGGUUGGGUUCGGCGGACCCGCAUGUUUUGGGGAGGUGAUGGGCACACCGCAUUGUCACAUGAUGUGCAAAGUGCCCUUCCCAAGGACAUUGCCGGAGCUCUGAGUGAAGACGACCUCAUGCAUUUGAGGUGGGUCGGUAAGAAGCCGUGGCCAGCGAGAGUGUUCUUUCAGGAUGGCUUCAAAACAUGCUUUCAGCCACAGGCCAACAUCGGAACCACGACGGACCAUGUGGGCUUUGCUACCUUCACUCGGUCGUUUGAGCAUCCGAGGCUGCCAGAUGUAGCAGCGUCAGAUGAGGCGCGCAGGCGUUACCAAGAAGGUGAGAGGGCCUACCCAGCAUUUGCAUACGAGGAUGCAUCCUUGUUGUGGAAAGGCCGAGAGUGGAGACAGCCGAAUGCUCAGGAGCGAGCCACGUUGAUGGGCAUCCCGAGCUCCAUCUUGCAGUGGGCAGCACCUGAGGAGGAGGAUGUCAAGCACAGGGAGCGAGUUAGGGCUUCGCUCAUAGGCAAUUCCUUUCAUGUUCCGUCGUUGAUGGUGGUCUUGAUGAUACUGCUGCAAAUGAUUCCUGUAGUUUCGGGCAUCCCUCCCCCGAUGUACUCAGCGUUCGAGACGUGUUUGCAUACCCAAGUGAAGAGAUCUGUGUUCCAGCCAGGUGUCGUCGACGCGUGUCCAGGUCUCUUGACGCCAGAGACCCUACUAGAGCGAAUCCAGCAGCAGUUUGUGUCUCUUGAUGUCCAGUGGCCUGUGCUGCAAGUAGACGAUAAGGUCAGGGCAGCCGUGCGGAAAUUGCAGAUUUUCAAAGCUGAUUGUAUUUUGAGGAAUGCAGAAUCUGACUUUGGAGCGCCACAAUGGAGGCAGCAGAACCAUCGCGCAUUGGCAGCCUCCGCCUUGGGCGCGCAAAGAGGCGGUCCGCUGUCUAAGAUUGCAUGUCAACCGUUGAUUCCGGAGAAAGUUGACAAGGCUACACAUAUGGCCUUAGGUACUUGCCUCCCUUCUCCGUACCAUACACAUGCGGUCCUAGAUCCGGAUGCGAGCUUUGCAGUACGAGCCAUGGUGGCCUUUGGCCCAUGCAUUCGGACAUGGCGGCGGCUGCAGCAGCGAGCGAUCCGCACAGUUCACACUUUCUUGUCACCGUGGGAUGCUGCCUUGCGAAAUCUCAUGCCUGAACCUGUUUUCAAGGUCGCAUCAGAUAAGUGCCCGGCUAUGAUGACAGCAACUGCAGUGUUGUUGGACUGGCCGGACCUAACGCUUGGGCUUAGAUUUGUUACGGGGUUUCGGUUGUUAGGCCAAAUUGAAUCCCCUAACAUUUUCCGCCCUGUCCCGCCUGCCACACCCGACCCACCUGAUUUGAAAAAGGAGUUUUUGCAGCGUGCGCCAGCAGCUAUCCGCAAACUGGAGGCGUUUUUGCCCCAGGCGGAAUACACGCAAGAACUUCUUGAUCAUACGGUGAAAGAGAUAGAGACAGGUUGGGCAGAUGGCCUGUUUACCAGGCAAGAGCUGGAUGAAGCCUUUGGUCAUUCCUGUUGGUUGCCGAUGCAGCGCUUCAUGCAUGUCCAGGCCUGUGGAAAGCAGAGGCCCAUCGAUAAUGGGCGGAGUAAUGGACAUAAUGCCUUGUCUUGGAUGCUUGAAACAAUCUGCACAAACACGCCUGACUUUGCAGCUGCAGCGUGUAGAGCCCUCAUGGAUUUGCUGCAUAAGUCCUUUAAUGUGUGUCCUGCGUGGGCUCAGGUGGUCUUCGGCACCGAGGACAUGGAUCACGCCUACAGGCAAAUGCCUAACAUGCCUGAGGAAGCUCCAGGCCUGGUUGUCGGCAUUUGGCAUCCAACUGAGCAGAUUGUCAAGUAUGCCGUCAUGCGAGCCCAUCCGUUCGGUUUGGCUAGCGCUGUCUUGAAUUUCUGUCGAUUACCUACGUUGGCCACAGCGGCCACUCGACAGUGGACAGGAAUGAACGAAACUGCCGCUAUGUUCAUUGAUGUGAAACCAGGCUUGCGCGAGGCUUUGAUGGAGGAGCUUGACACGAUCUUGCAGUACGAGGCUACAGACGACAUCACGCCUGAGCUUGCUAGAAGCCUCAAGUUUAUGCGAGCUCUUUUAGAUGUCGUAGGCGUUGCUUGUACGAUCCCAAAGCUAGUUUUAGAGGCCUUCCAGGAGCGUGAGACACAGAUCACGCCGCUUGAAGCCCUGGCUGUACUCCAA